AUGAGCAACGCAAGGGAGAAUAAUGUAUCACGCCCAAGCCGUGUUAGAAGGGAUCUUCUGAUGAAAGGCUCUCACGAGCACCAGGACAUUAGCAAACGCCGACUUUCAUAUAUUGCAGAUACCACUUUGACUACACCAAGUCGGACAAUUUCAAAUGAAGACAAAGACAUUCCGCAAUACACAAACGGCGAAAGGUUUCGCCGAAAAACAGUUUUUGCAAAGGAAGACACCGACAUUUUACCAAAAAAAACAACAAAAGCAUGUGACCUGUUAAACACUUCAGACAAACAAGACCCACUCAUCAUAUACACGUCAUCUACAGUAUCUCCUAAAGUAUCCCCAGGCAUCGGAAAAGUCAAACAAGUUAUUCCCGAAACCCCAAAGUCCCCGACCAAAAAAAUCACAACAAAAAGUCCCACCGAAAACAAUGAAAAAGAGACAAAAACCUCCAACGAAAUGCCUUUUGAAAAUACAGAAAAUGACGCACAAAAGGAAAAGUCAAAAGAAAAACAAAAAGAACGCGACGACAAAAUUGAAGCAAAGAAAGAGAUCCGACGGCCACAGAAAAGAAUCGCGAGAAAAGAUGUGAAGAAAAAUGAGAGGAGGAUGUCUUACAUCUCCAAAAACCAUAACGAGGAGAAACGCGAUAUUUCUUUAAUUGCUAUGGACGAGUGCUCACCCGACAUUUUAAACGAAAAGGACUUAAAGACGGUCUUCAAGUUGGAGGAGAAGCGACAGAAACUUAUUAUGGCGGAAGACGUCGAGAAAAGGUGUGAAGUACUUUUGGACAUCCAAUGUCUGACGACACAUAUAGUCACAACAAUAAAAGAGCCUCUUAGCAUCACUAUCUUUGAAGCGUGUGAAAAGUAUUUUAAAGGGAAUUCGAAGGAGGUCAUCAAUGUUGAUAAAUUGGUCUUUAGAAACCACACAGGAAAGGUUGUUUCGAGGAAUAUGACAUUCAGGGGGGUGUUGAUGUCACGUACAACGUGUUUGUAUGUGUGUUAUGAAUCACGACCUUUUUCUGUACAAAGAAUCUACCCAAUGGACAUCAAAAGUAAUUUACCGCGUAAAGCUAUACCACAAGUGGUUUACAACUUAUGUUGGUGGAUAUACACAUAUGGAUAUUUAAUCGAAGGCAUCUUUCGAGUGACUUCUAAUUUAGAAUUUGCGAAAAAGAAGGCUGAGAGGUUGGUUGACUGUGACAUGUCGUUUCUAUCGCAAAUGCGGCGGAUUGGGUGCGAUGUGCACAACGUUGUGGGAACAUUAAAAACGUACAUUAGAGAGUUUACUGAUGGAUUGAUUGAGUAUGACGCGAUAAGAAACAUCUCUGGACAUGGGAAGGAUCGAUUGAAAUAUGUUGUAGAAAUUUUUAAGAAGACUCCGAAUGAUGAUGCUGUGUGCUUCUGCAUCUUGUAUGGACUUGCGAGACGCCUUGUGAAGUACCAGAAAAUACACUUAAUGACGUCGAAGAACUUUGCGAUGAUAUUGGGUCCACUCGUGUCACACCCCAAAGGUGGUGUAAAUGCAGUGAAUGCGACGUGUAACCAAAUAGAAUUCAGUGGCUUUGUAAUGGAACAUUAUAAUGUUGUGAUGGAAAGUAUUGGAAUGUCAAAUCCAUUUGCUGAGUUGCCCGACAGGAGUGACAUUGGCGAUUUAAAUAAAGAUGGAGUGGAUGAGGCGCUUGAAAUUAUUAAAAAGAAGUCUGCGAUGACAGAGGAGGCGUGUAACAGGUUACUUAAAAUGAUGGAAAACCCAGAGGCGGUGCAGUAUAUUCAGAACUUGGAGGUUGAGUCGCUCGUCAAUGUGUUGGACGUGUUGUCCGACUUUUUGUUGUGUAAGUGA